AUGGCCGACGCUCUCAAGAACAUGUUUGGAGGCGCAAAGUCGGAGCAGGCCGCUGCAGGCAAGCCAGACUCUGACUUUGCCGACUUUGCUGGAGCUCCCGAUCCUGUCCCCGUGGCUGCUCCCGACGCUGCGUCACUGACUGGAGCUUCCGCGCAGCCCACCAGCGAGGUCGUCUGGACGAAAUGGUACAACAUCCAUGAGCGCCACUCUCUGUCCGAGUUCAAGCCCGAGGGCAUCAUCCUCGUCAUUGCCGCCGUCAUCUUCCUGUUCCACAUCUUUGGCACGCGCGCAAACCGCGCCAAGGCCAGGGCUUGGGUCAAGGCUCACGCCCCCACCAUGAAGAGCGAGUUCGCGUCCGUCGGCUUCCGUGGGGUUCCCACGCUGGACUCUGACUUUGACGCAAAGUCCUUCAUCAAGGAGAAGUCGCUCUUCGAGUUCGCCUCGUACGCUACCGGCCGCCAGAAUGUUGCCUUUAUGGACGUCAAGAUUACUCUUGCCAAGCGAUUCAACCCCUUCUUGAACUACAUUGAGCUUGGUCUGUCCCUGGUCACCGAUACUUUUGCCGGCCCCGAGGACUUCGUCGAGGCUACUAUCUAUCCUUUUGACGGCAAGGAAGAGCUCACUCUCCCUCCUGCUGCUGGUGGUGUUGAUGCUCGUCCCAAGGACAGCAAGAGCACCUUUGACGGCUUUGUCCUGGCUGUUGUCAACAAGUCCAGCAUGCAGAAGCUGCGUGAUGACCGAUACGACGUCUCCCUGACUGCCACCAAGGAUCACCCCAAGCUGCCCGAGUGGCUGACCGUCAUGAGCGAGAACGCCGAGAUUACUGAGACUUUCCUUACUGCUGAUCUGAUUGAGGCCGUUUCGAAAGCUGGUGACCUGUUUGACUACCUCAUCAUCUCUGACCAGCCCGCGGACAAGCCCACCCGUCUCGAAGAAACCACCCCUCGCAAGCGAGUGUUCCUCAAGUACCGACUCCCAUCCAACAACAACUAUGACCAAUUCAUCCCUCUGUUUGAGCAAUUCACUCGCAUCCCCGAUGCUCUUGUCAGGGACGCCCAUUUCCGCCCCGAGGUCCUCAAGCGUGUCCGCGCCACUCGUGAGUCUAUGAUUGCUCAGCUCAAGAAGGCGUUGGAGGAGGAGAAGAGCGAGGAGCGCGCGCUUGAGAAGGAACGCGCCAAGAAGGCCAAGCGAGAUGCUGAUCUCAAGGGCCUGGACGCCAAGCAGCAGAAGAGGUACCUUGAGAAGGAGAAGGAGAAGGAGCUGCGCAAGUCACAGAAGAGGAUGACCAUGCGAGGCUAA